AGAAAAAACCUUUUCUUAAUGCGUAGGAAGCCAAUUACAUGUGUUUUUUUUUUUUGUCGAUUUCUUGGUAUAUUAAGAGAAGAUGGUCUCAUUUUUAGCACCGAGCUUCUUCUUCUGCUCUCUCGUUUUUAGGGUUCGAAAGCCGAUCCUCCUCCUGCAUUGUUCUUGUAACCGUCGAUCUCUCCAAAUUUUUGGUGGUGGCCACAAUGUCGAAAGCAGGAGCGCUGGAUCUGGCGACGGGCCUCGGCGGGAAGAUCGACAAGGGCGAAGUCCUGUCCGCCGUUGACAAGUAUGAGAAGUAUCAUGUCUGCUAUGGAGGUGAGGAGGAAGAAAGGAAAGCUAACUAUAGUGACAUGGUGAAUAAAUAUUAUGAUCUUGUCACCAGCUUUUAUGAGUUUGGCUGGGGAGAAUCUUUCCAUUUCGCCCACAGAUGGAAAGGGGAGUCUCUACGAGAGAGCAUUAAGAGACAUGAACACUUUCUUGCAUUACAGCUAGGCUUAAAACCCGGACAGAAGGUGCUGGACGUAGGUUGUGGAGUUGGUGGACCGCUUAGGGAAAUAGCUCGAUUCAGCUCUGCGUCGGUUACAGGAUUAAACAAUAAUGAGUACCAGAUAACAAGGGGAAAGGAACUAAAUCGCAUUGCAGGCGUGGACAAGGCAUGCAGCUUUAUUAAGGCUGAUUUUAUGAAGAUGCCAUUUUCUGACAACACUUUCGAUGCAGUUUAUGCAAUUGAAGCUACCUGCCAUGCACCUGAUGCUUAUGGGUGUUACAAAGAGAUUUACAGAGUACUAAAGCCCGGGCAGUAUUUUGCUGCAUAUGAAUGGUGUAUGACUGAUUCCUUUGAUCCCAACAACAAAGAGCACCAAAAGAUAAAGGCAGAAAUUGAGAUCGGAGAUGGCCUUCCUGACAUCAGGUUGACUGGGCAAUGCAUUGAAGCUCUAAAACAAGCGGGUUUUGAGGUCAUAUGGGAGAAAGAUUUUGCCGCCGAGUCUCCUGUCCCUUGGUACCUGCCUUUGGAUAAAACUCAUUUCUCCUUGUCUAGCUUCCGCCUCACUGCUAUUGGGCGUUUGAUUACCAAAAACAUGGUCAAGGCUCUAGAGUAUGUGGGCCUAGCCCCUAAAGGAAGCCAAAGGGUUCAAGAUUUUCUGGAAAAGGCUGCUGAGGGCUUAGUUGAAGGUGGAAGGAAAGAAAUUUUUACGCCAAUGUACUUCUUCUUGGCCCGGAAGCCCCAAUCUGGGAAUCAGUGAUUUGGGGACCUCGCAAAUGUGACUUAUUCCAAAGAGACGGGGUCUUUCAGAAUCCGACUAGUUGGUGGAAUUUCAUGUGUUUAGAUGAUUGGACUGUGAGAGUGCCUGCGAGUCAGACAGUUUGGCUUUUUCAGAUGCUUGUAUGAGUGCCUUCUCCAUCAACGUGCUUGUUUUGCUGCGAGCAAUUUGUAUCAAUUGUAGCCCAAGUUUGGAUCCUUUUCCAGUUGACCGAACAACUUUUAACUUGCUCAGAUUUGUGAUCUUGUCAAUCUGGUCGUGUCUUAAUAGCAAAACCAUAUGUACUUCUGCAC